CCAAGUUUUCCAGUGAUAACAAAUUGUCUGGCCAAGAGAAGUGUUUCUGGACAGGAGCUAGCUCUCGAUUCAAUAAAUUUUGCUUAGCCUGCAUCUAAACAGGAGGAACAGUUUGCCCAAAUGUCUUCCGAGUGCAGAUCUACAUGGCCCUGCAAUUCGAGAACUUCUACUCGAUGUUUGUUGAAGUCUAAGCACAGAAGAGUAGAUGCGACUUGUGAAUUUCCCAGAGGGUGUGGAAGAUUUCCAGUUGUGAUGGACUCAAGUGAUUCUGAAGAUGGCAUUGGUGAUCAUUCACAGUUUCUAAAACAUCGUGUUGUACAAGUUGUACCAAGAAAAUACCCUCCUCCAAGGAUAUUGAAAGGAUCUUUUGUCCAGCGAGAUUUUCCUAGUGCUUUUCAGCAACAGGAUUUGCUUUCUGCUUCAAAAGAGGGUUUACAAAAAGUUGUUUCUGCUACCAAGCCUAUGGAGAAAGCUGCUGCGGAAAUUGCCGGAAGGAAAUGCCCUUCUCUAGGGAUGAACUCAAGUGAUUGUGAUGAUAUUAGUGAUCAUGGACAGUUUCCACAAAAUCCAACGAUGUCAAAAGCAUCUUCUGUCCAACGAGAUUUUUCUAGUGGUUUUGGGCGACAGGAUUUUCAUUCUGCUUCAAAAGAGGGUUUACUAAAUACUGUUUCUGCUAGCAAUCCCAAAGAGAAGGCCGCUGCAGAAGCUGCCUCAAGGAAAUGCCAUUCUCCAGGUAUAUUGACAGACUUUUUGGCCAAGCAGAUUUGUCCUGCUGCAAAACAGAAUAUGUCUUCUGUUUCUAAUGACAUUUCAACCAAUGACCGCCGGAAACAAAAGUCUGUUUCCCAAGAAAAUAUCAUAACAAAUAGUUGCGGAAAUCAGAAUACUGGUUCUGUUUCCAAUGACAUUUUUCUGCGAAAUGGGAAGAAUGCUACUAGGGUAGCAGGUUUUAGGCCGAAGAGGAGGUUUAAUGUUACUUUGGGCAACAAGGAAACUGGUCAGUGUCAUCAAAAAUCAAGUGCUCGAUGCGAUGAAGUGAAGAAGGUCUUGAGAUUGUUUCAUCAAAUACUUGCCAAGCUCUGGAAAGAAAAUGCAAGGAAGCCUAAAAUGGAGAAAGACUAUAACAUCCCUAGACAUGCAGCAUUAUUUCUUAAAGAUCACAAAAAAUGGAUUAAUACAAGCAAACGGGUAGGUCCUGUUCCUGGAGUUAACAUCGGUGACAAAUUUCGAUUUCAGGCUGAACUGAAUGUAAUUGGCCUUCAUUGUCACUUUUAUAACGGUAUAGAUUAUAUGAAGAAGAAUGGGAUCUCAUUGGCCACUAGCAUUGUCGUGUCUGAGCGGUAUGCUAAUAACAUGGAAUCUUCCAAUGUCCUCAUUUAUUCUGGUUCUGGUGGAAAUCCAGCAGUUCGAGGUCAGCUACCACUUAAAGAUCAAAAACUAGAACGAGGAAAUCUUGCAUUGAAGCACAGUAUGGAUUAUAAAACUCCUGUUCGAGUCAUUUGUAAAGUAAAGCUCAGGAGUCCUCAAGCAGCUUCCUUUGAAGGUACAUGCAAGCGCAAAAAUUUGAACCCAAUAUAUGUCUAUGAUGGUCUUUACACGGUUGAAAAAUUUUGGGAAGAAAGAGGAGAAUUUGGUAAACUUGUCUAUAAAUUCAAGUUAAAGAGAAAUUUGGAUCAACCGCAGUUACCUUGAUGAUUUAGCAAGCAAUUGAGGGCAUGUUUUGAUGGAUGAUAUUUCUAAUGGAAAAGAGAAGAUGCCAGUUCGUGUUUGGGCAUGUUUUGAUGGCUGAUAUUUCUAAUGGAAAAGAGAAGAUGCCAGUUCGUGUUUUGAAUAUGCUUGACAAUGAGAGGGCACCACUAUCAAGUUAUUUAGCAAAUGGAACUUGUAAUGUUGAAUCCUUGUUAAGUGCUUGUGAUUGGAUCGAUGGAUGCUCAUAUUCUAAAGAUUGGUCAUGAAAAAUCAAUGGAGGAGAAUUUCUUAGCAUAA